AAGAAUAAACAUAAAAUGCAUCAAAAAGGUAGCUGGGUGCCAUCUAAUUUCUUUUCACACCCACCACCAACCCAAGUAUCUUCUAUAAUAUCCUUGAAUGGUUAUAAAUAAAUAACAAUAAGCCUAAUGAAAAUACAUAUGUUGUACCCUGUGAAGAAAACGUAAGAGUGAUAUAUAGCUUUCAGAUUAUAGGUCAUAUAAAAAAAUGGAAGCAGGAAGCGCUGGUUUCAUACAAGAAGCUUUGAGGGGUAUUCUGAAGUGUUUAGGGUUGGAGGGUGGUGGAGGAAAAGCUGUUACUGGCGGUGAAGAGGUUGUGAACAACCCUCCACCGUCACCAUCACUUGAUCCGACGCCUUACGAACCCCUACCGGCCGCUGCAGCAGAUGAUACAACGACCAUCGUUGAUGUUCUUUCUUCAACUGUUGACAAUACUACAAUGACAAUAAUGGACAUUAACAAUCUUCGAGCUCAAAGUAAUUUUACUCUGGUUACUAUAGACGAGAUAACCGACACGGGUGGUGGCACAACUGAGGAAGCCCAUUAUGUUGAGCUACUCAACAGUGGUCAACCUAAUAUAAACCUUCUUGCUACUAGUCUAAUUAGUAGCGGGGGUGGUGGUGAAACACAUUAAGAAAUCAUCUAAACGGUAAUGAAGGCGUAGAUAAUCAUGUAUGCAUGAUUCUCGUGGUGAUGUAAUCAGUUAUUUCUAUGUAUGUAUGGAGGUCAAUUGAACUUGGUGUUAGACAAUCCGGUUGGUACUUUAAUCAGCUAUUGCUAUUUUUACGUAUUA